AUGCUCAGUCGAACUGGCUUUGUUGGUUCCCGAUGGAGGAGCGCACCAGUUCUAUCUACUGGUUCAUUAACCCGCCAUAACAAUUCUUCGCUGCACUUUGGCCGACGGCGACAAGCUCCGGGAUACCACAACCAAUAUGGACAACCUCGUGGCAUUUAUGGUCAGCCAACGCAAGGGGGGUACAAAGAAUAUUUCCAAGACCAAAGAGGUGUAAGGAGAAGAAAAUGGGCGCAGAGGUCUGGGUUAAUGGCGACGUUCAUGGCCGCGUCGAUGGGGCUCAUAUGGGUCACGUUUCAAGAAGAAAUCCCGGUCGUAGGAGGCAAGCAAUUCAACAUCAUUCCUCGCGAGUGGAUGCUACGACAUGAAGCAGAAUGGGACAUACACGUAAAGCAUAUUCAUGCUAUCGUGAAUAAGAUAGCUCCACAAGAACCUGGAAUCCUUUGGCCUGAAGACCAUCCUACAUCGAUGGUGGUGAGAAAAAUCUGGAUCAGAUUGCUAGAAGCCAGCGGAUACGACCCGAGCUUGUGGAAACUACAUAUCGUCAAUGCGCCUUCCAUUGCUGCUUGCGUGGCCAGCUUGGACAGGCAAGUAGUGGUGUACAGCGGAUCCCUCCAUGCAGCAUACGAUGAAGCUGGCAUGGCAAUGAUGCUAAGCGGUGCAAUCGCACGGGUGACUAUGAAUUCACUUGCUGUAGACACCAGCCAUUUCUACUUUGAAAAGGCCGCCGUACUUCCAGUUGUUCAGCUCAUCGUCACCUCUUUCUUCCUCAAGCGCCUCUGGUUCGUGGCUCUACCUUACUCGUACCUGUAUUUCGCUGUCAUGAAGAGAAGAUUGAGCCUCGAUUUCAUGGCAAAAGACUUCAACGAUUGCACCUACAUCUCGCUGGAGGCGAUGUGUCGAGCUGGGUACGACCUAACGGACGCACUGAACUUUGCUGUGAACAAUUAUUAUACUAGUAGGGAUCUUUUAGCCGAACUCGAAGAAGAAGCAGAGAGAGGGACGGUAGACCAAGGCUAUGUGGAUGCAAUACGGGAGUCGAAUUAUCUGGACCAACUCAGGGUCAUGAAGAUGCAUCAUAUGAUUCCGGAGAUCACAAAGAAAGUUGGGUCUGACAGGAUGGAGAGGCAAGAGCCGAAACUCUUGCCGACGGAGGUCUACGAGCAUCCGGGAGACAUUCAACCUACUGUGUCGUGGGAUUAA